AUGAGAUCAAUCGUGUUGGUGCUGCUUGCUGCAACUGCCGCUGCAGAGCUGCGCGGGAGGGCCAAGCGGCAAGGCCGCUCAAUUGGCUGUUCCUGUGACUGCUGCAACGUGGCACAGCGCCGCCCAGAUGAGCGCCAAGGUGUUGUAGGCGUGAAAUGCGCGCCAGCGGAAGGCCACAGCCGUGAGGUUUGUGCCGAGCAGUGCCAAACCUCUCCGCGUGACGAGGUGCUCGGCCUCGUUGCCCGGGAUGAGGUUGUGGACUACGCCCGGUUCUGCUUCUAUGAAUGCAAACCGCCCUCCGGGUUGACCAGUGCACUGAGCUCACAAUGUCUGGCAUUGGCGUCAGAUGAGACAAAGCAGGUCACCGACGCAGAUGGCAAUCCCUUGGAUCCCGCGUUCUUGUAUGAGCAUCAGUCGGUUGUGGCCUUGGCAGAGGAGGGCGACGAGACUCCGGACGAGGAUGUGGAGACCGAAGAGUCCAAAGAGUCAUCGCCGAAGCUGCUGGCAAACACCACCCAGUCCAAGUCCGAGGAUGCGGAGAACGGCGAAGACUCCGAGGAGCUUCCAGACGCAGAAAGUGAUCCUCUUGUCGCGGCAAGCGGUGCACGAGAUGCAGCCUGGCAUGCGGAGGGAUCGGCAGCGAAAGCGGCACGCGCAGCUCGGAAGGCUUUGGAGGCACUGGAGACUGGUCGCAAUGAAACCUGGCAGAAUGCAAUGACGGAGGCCGACAAGGCCUUGAGCUUCAUGAAGCAGACUGACUUCAGGCUGGCUACAGCCCAUGUAAAAGGCCCGAAGCCCUGGCGAAUCCAGGCAGCCGAGGCAGCUCGAGCAGCAGCGCAACCGUACCUGGAGGCUCACACCCACCUCGCCGAGACGCUGCCGAACCUGGACCGCCAGGCCUCCAUGCAAGCAUCCAAGGCGGCGAAGGACCUGCAGGCAAAGGCAGACGAGCUGAAAACGAAGGCGGCUGUGCUCCGCAGACGCGGGAAGGAUACCUCAGCCGAGCUAACAGAGCAGUUCGCGUCGCAAACAGCGCAGCAGGCAGCCGAGAAGGAGCAAGCUGCAAAAGACUGGCUGGCAGCCGCUCACAGCAACGAGCAGAAAGCGCGGGACGAACGUUACUUGGAGAAUGCACAGGUCGCAGCACAGCAAGCAGCCCAGCAGCUGAAGCUGCCGCAGCGCUACCAGCCGCGUGGUUCAAAUGGUUGUGAUCAAGGAUGUGCAGCUUCAUCUCACCUGAUCCGAUUUCCAGAUUUUCGGACAUCAGAAGUUCGAAGCUUUGCUCUUGAAGGCAUCAGGCAGGCUGUUAUAUGGGCCAGGGCGCGCUCCAUUUAG